AUGUUCCCAGAUCUCAAAGCUCACCUACAAAAGUAUAGCGAUGAAAAACAUAAAGAGACACACCACACGUUCGACGAAUAUCUGACAAUGAAGCGACUGAAACGAGACAUGAGGACACAAAAGCCCGACUCCGACGUUGCUCGUUACCCGCAAGUGCAACGGUUGGAAGAAUUGGUUCCCAGCCGCAGUGUGGCGGAUACUUUAGUGAAUCUCUAUUUUUCAAGUUUUGAAACGACAUUUCGCAUUCUGCACAGACCACAGUUCAUGUCUGAAUACGUGGACUAUUGGGACACACAGCGGCCCUCCGGUAAUCGAGCUCCUAGGACACUUUUUGUGGCCAAACUGUUGGCCCUCAUGGCAUGCUCGAGUAACUUCUACGAAACCCAGACCACCUACGGCACAAAUUGCAACAGUGUAAACAUAUCUGCGCGGGCUUGGUUUGAAGGAGUUGUAUCGUGGAUUAACUCUACGACGGGAUAUGCCCGGCUGAAUCUCGACAUGAUUCAAAUCAAAUGCUUGAUGGUACUCGGCGCGCAAUCCGUCGCAUAUGAAGGAGACUUGGCUUGGAUGACAGCGGGAUCCCUCGUGCGAGAGGCCAUCACGAUGGGUCUUCAUACGGACCCCUCCAAUUUUCCUCGGGUGUCAAGCUACAUGGCUGAAAUGCGGCGUCGCAUCUGGCUGACCGUGGUUGAACUGGACCUUCAAUCCGCCCUACAGAGUGGUACACCAAUGGCUGUGUCUUGGGAUGAAAUGGACGUCUCUCUUCCUUUGAACAUCGACGACGAAGACAUCCAGGUUGAUUCGAUCGAGCCUCCCGUAUCAUCACCAAUCACCACUGCAACAAGAACGUCAUUUCAACUGAUUCUGGCACAGAGUUUGCAAGCUCGUAUGACAAUCGCGAAGUGUGUCAGCAAUCUACGCUGCCCAUUAGACUACCAGGAGGUGUUGAGCAUUAGUAACGAGUUGACGACGGGGAUGGUCAACAUUCCACUCGCGCUACGGAGCGAAGAGGCCGCUGGAGGCACAGGAUACUCAACGUUCCAAAAAUCUUUCUAUCUCUUUCUUAUCUACCGAUGUCUACUUGCCCUUCAUCGGCCUUUCUUCCUCACCCUCGGGGAUACCAGCGACCCCACAUUCGAAUACUCACGACGGCUCUGUGUCCAAGCCAGUACAGCACUACUGGCUCAAUUGGAGUCAUCUGAUCUUGACGCUCAAUCCCUCGCCGUAACGAACCAAUCUUAUCCCCAUCUUCUAAGAUUGCGAGGGGGAAUGUUUCGCGAUGACAUGUUCCACGCUGCAGCUACUCUGUGCUUCGAGCUCUGUCUACAAGCGAGAGAUACCCGGAUUCCAUCCUUGCCAGGUUCGCGGUCAUCCUUCAUUGACUACGGAACAGGAUACCAUGUCGGAUCGCUCUGGCAGAGCAUCGACAGCGCCGUCCAGUACUUUGAGUUUAAGGUCCGAGCGGAAAAGCAGGGGUGCAAGGCGCUCAUGUUUCUUCAUCUGAUCGUGACUUCGGCGAGAAACCACAAUUCACCAUCUGGGAACGACUCCGUUGUUGAUCUAGACGAUGCCUGUCCUAAAGCAUCGCGUCGGUGUCGGGAGCUUUUGUUGGCCGACACGACAAAUGCCAGUGACGGAGCGUCAACCCAUGAGCGCCCAGACUACGCAGAUGCAGCCGAUAUACACGCUUCAUCGCCGAUCGACGCGACAGAGACAGAGACAAUUCAGCACAUGCCUAACCAAGGACAGAUUGUCACACCUCUCUCUAUGGGCGAUUCGAUACCGGAGUUUCUCGACCCUUCAUUGGACUGGAAUCUACUUCUCGACUCGUUUGAUCCUUAUUCAACUACUAGGUGGCCGCUGAUGGACCCGUUGAUGUAG